GCCGUGCAAGAAUUUCAACGCCUUUGUCAAUUCGGCUGUCUCCGUCACAAGCAUUGUUUAUUACUAGCUUAAAAUUGCUUUUCAGUGCCUUCUGCAAAAAUUUACGGUCGGAAAUAAGUGCUUAAUAGUGGAUUAGUGGUGCAAAUUAGCUGAAAAUACACACGCUAAAGCGGGGAUCCUGGUUGCCGAACCGUACCUGGAGUUGGACGCGAACGUGAACUGGCUCAGCGAUGGCGUCCGGUUCAACCUUGCAGAAGGCAAUCGACAUUGUGACGAAGGCAACGGAGGAAGACCGGAACAAAAACUACGAGGAAGCGCUACGCCUCUAUGAGCAUGGCGUAGAAUACUUUCUGCACGCGAUCAAGUAUGAGGCCCAGGGCGAUAAGGCGAAGGAUUCAAUCCGGGCCAAGUGCUUCCAGUAUCUGGAUCGGGCGGAAAAGCUGAAAGCUUACCUGAAGAAGGGCAAGAAGAAACCGGUAAAGGACGGCGACAGUGCGUCGAAGGAUGACAAAUCGAAAGGAAACGACAGUUCCGAUUCAGACUCGGACGAUCCGGAAAAGAAGAAGCUGCAGGCCAAGCUCGAGGGUGCGAUCGUGUUCGAAAAGCCGCACGUCAAGUGGUCGGACGUGGCCGGACUGGAAGGUGCAAAGACCGCACUGAAGGAGGCCGUCAUACUGCCGAUCAAGUUUCCUCAUCUGUUCACCGGCAAGCGAAUGCCGUGGAAAGGUAUUCUGCUGUUCGGGCCACCCGGUACCGGUAAAUCGUACUUAGCGAAGGCCGUCGCGACGGAAGCGAAUAAUUCGACCUUCUUCUCCGUGUCCAGCUCCGACCUCGUCUCCAAGUGGCUCGGUGAGUCGGAAAAGCUCGUCAAGAACCUGUUCGAGCUGGCCCGCUCUCACAAACCGUCAAUCAUCUUCAUCGACGAGGUCGACUCACUCUGUUCCGCCCGGUCGGACAACGAAAGUGAAAGUGCCCGGCGCAUCAAGACGGAAUUCCUCGUGCAGAUGCAGGGUGUCGGCAGUGACAAUGACGGGGUGCUGGUGCUCGGCGCUACCAACACACCGUGGAUACUGGACUCGGCCAUCCGGCGUCGGUUCGAGAAGCGCAUCUACAUCCCGCUACCGGAGGAGCACGCCCGUUUGGUGAUGUUUAAGAUCCAUCUCGGCAACACGGCCCACACGCUGACGGAGGAGAAUCUGCGUACGCUCGCGAGCAAAACGGACGGUUUUUCCGGCUCGGACAUUUCGAUCGUGGUGCGCGAUGCGCUGAUGCAACCGGUCCGGAAGGUGCAGACGGCGACACACUUCAAGCAGGUGAGCGGCCCGUCACCGGUGGACAAGCAAACGAUCUGUGACGAUCUGCUGGUACCGUGCAGUCCCGGUGAUGCCGGCGCAAUCGAGAUGACGUGGGUGGACGUACCGGGCGAUAAGCUGUUCGAGCCACCAGUAACAAUGAACGACAUGCUGAAAUCUCUGGCCAGUACGAAACCAACCGUCAACGAGGACGACAUGAAAAAGCUGAACAAGUUUACCGAGGACUUUGGACAGGAAGGCUAAAUGCAUGGUGAACCUAAGAACGGGGGGGAGGAAGGGUUAGCUUGGGGCAGCAAAAAUUCAAACCUACAAAAAAAAGGACACGAAGAAAAGCGAAAGCGAGUGAAUGUAUGUGUUUGUGUACGUGUGUCUGUAAAUGUGUAUGUGUGAGGAAAAAUGAAGAAAAAAAGAAAAGGGGGAUGUCUCUUGAUAUUUGUGGUAUUAUAACGAAUUAAAAACAAAACAUAUGUUGUUUUUCCUAAGAUGCAUUAACACACCAUUCUUCUGCUUAUUUGAUGUAAAGACCUGGCUAGGUCGUGCCUGCCAUAUUUUGACCUAUUAGACCUUUUCGUGUAGCUCGUAUACACGGACGGUCAAUCCUAGGAUGGAACGGGGUGGAUAGAGGUUCGGUUUUUUUUCAGAUUCGAACAGCCGGCGUGUAGUUUGUUUGAGCCGAACAAAAAAGAAAACACAUUUACUUACCGGUAAAGGAAACUCUAACGCACUUACACAUACAGACAUACACACUCACACAGGUAGAGACUCCAAUAUGAUGGUGAUUAUACGCGGUAACAAAGCAAGUAUGAAUAAGAAGCAAAACACGAAAAGGAAAGCAAACAAAAUGAAUUACCUAUAUUAUAGAUAUAUACACAUAUAUCCAUAUUACCUAUGUAUCAUCAUUUCAAAUAAUGCCUUGCCUGGGUAGCAAUACCGGCGCGAAAUAAAUCUGUUAUUUUCUGUUAAAAGCCGAUCCAAAAACUAAAUACCUUACAGAGAGAAGCAAUCCCAGUUACAGUUACCCGCGUUUGGCGAAAUUGGUGUUUUGAUAUGUAACCCCACCUUUUCCCCUUUCUUUCAUUACCCGUGAUUCAAAUUGCUUUCUUUUUUUUUAUCUCCCCGCAAGGGCAAGAAUGAGGAAAAACGCACCGCUUUUUAAUAGUUUGCGAAUUAGUUUUAGUUUUGCUAAUUUAAGGACAUGUGUUUGUACGCAUGUUUGAUGUUUUUUUAAAUACUUGUUUUAUUUCAAAUGAAACCACAUUUAUGGUAACGUCUCUAUAUUGCGUGUAACGUACUUUUUUUUUUAAUCAGUCACUACAAUCGUUUAGCGGGCUUGGCCUGGUCUGUAAGUGCGUCCGAGAGCUGUAGGGAGGUGUAUGGAGGUCGGUCGUUGAGAUGAGAAUGAGGUUAGGAAUGGAUUGUACCACCAAGUAGACCAAGCGGAAGAUAGCUUAGGAAGCAAGAUACAUCUGUGCGCUUGUUUUAAUCGUUUCAGCGAGCUAGAUCGUGCAGAGUGUUACCGUCCUGCCAAUGGUGAAACAUUUGAUCAUUAGUGAUUGAUUGCGUCACCAGCUAUCGUGUGGGCACAAGUUUAAAGGGGAGGACGUCUCUAGCUGUUGCCAUGCCGAAGGUUCGAAUUACAAAUCAAACUUCUCUAUUGCGAUAACCUCCAUUCUUUAUUGCGUAUGCAGGCAAAAACAAUACAAGAAAACAAAAGGAACGAAAAGAGAGAGAGAAUAAACGAAAGGAUAUUAUUUUGUUAGCAAUCAAUCGAAUUCCGUAUAUGGGACAAAAAACUGUUCAAUAAUUUUACCAUCAAACCGAUCAAUCAACGCGGAACAAAUCAAGUGGCUGCGUUACGGUUACGCACAUGGUCGCGACUAAAAGCUUUCACAUAUGUAAUACCCGAACGAAAGGAGGCGUAGAAGGCUACAUGGUACCAAUACGGGAUGGUUGUUUUUUUAUUAUUUUUGCAGUUUUAAUGUCGGUAUGUUUUACAAGAACAGCAAUGAUAAAGAUCGCAGAAGGCCUUUUAAGACUCAGUAAUUUGUGUUUGUUUUUUUUUGUUGCUUUUGUUCACCUCUUGUUUGUAUAUCUGCUUGUGUUCCAUUUCUGUAAUGCUCCAUUAACGAUCCUUUCCGUUUUCUUUUUGGGGCUGGAAUUGUGGGCCAAUGGUUAACAAAACUUAAAUCCAAUUUUUUUGUUUCUAAUUCCUUUUUUUCGGACUUGUAUUACACCUGUUUCUUUUUUUUUAUUCAUUUACCGUCUUCCACUUUCGCUAGUUUUCCUACAUUCGUACUCGUACUUACUACAGCUUAAAUCGGUUCUGAUUGUUUUGUGUUAGUGUUUGUGUGUGUGUGUGGGGUGUGUGAGUGCCGACUCGAUAUAGUGAUGGAGCAUGUCCUUUUCCAUAAAUGGAAAUAAUUUUUAGUAGUAGAAAAGAAGUUAAAAGUGCGCUAAAAAUUAACAAAAAGCCCCGAAAAUCAUUACAAGAUACAUUAUUCGAACCAAAUGCAGCUCGUACACACCUCAAACCUAAGGCAAAACGUUGCUCCGAUAGCAAAACGGGGGCACGCGUGUUUUAUUCAACUCUUCUCUAAUGCACUAUAGCGAAAUGAUCGUAUCCAAGGCGUUUGCUAGAUGAUGAAGGUAAUUUGUAAACUAACAAUUCUUGUCCCCUCUGCCCGAUACCUACAUUUCCUCUCCGAUAACUUGCUGCUGCAGCUUGUGGCCACUAAAGAACUACCAUUCGAACUAGUCAGGACAACAAAACUACCUACAGAGCAACUCCGCAUUUUGGGUUGAGCUACAUGGGCGCAUCACUUUAUUAGGAUAUUGUUCUAGUUUUCUUUACGAAUUUUAUACUGAACUUCACGGCGCUAUUGCUACACUCAGCUUCCUUUCGUUACCUAAUCAAGAUUUAUGUAUAUAUUUAUAUAAAUAGUUGAAAACGCAAAGCAAAAACAAAACAUGAAAACGGUACUGGAGUUCGAUCCGACCGCAACUAGAACUAUAGUUGUAUGGAUUACAUACAGCUGGACUGCGCUGUCCCUGAAUAGGAUAUUCAGCCAGCAAUUGCACGACUUCACUGAUCCAAACAACUCCCCCUUUCCCUCUACAUGAUUGUAUGCGUGUGUAACUGUUGUGGGUUGCUUUAUGUUUCUCUGCUUCAUAUAUCCUUUUCGCCCGUUUUAACAAAAAAAAAUUAUCAUAUUCCUGAUAGGAAAAGAAAGGGAAAGUGUUUCGGUAAUUUAACGUUUUUAUUGAUCAAUAAUUCAAUUUAUUUGGUAGUUAAAGUUUGUACAUUACUCUUCAUCAUGCGAAACGAAAAACAGCACAGCACAGCGUUGCUAUCUGCUUGCUUUUUUUUUGUUUAGUUUUUGUUGUUGUUUCAGUACAAACAUGUACAAAUCAUAGCAAACUAAUAAUAGGGUGGAAAAAAAAAACAAAAGAAACGUAACUAUCAUCCAAGCGAAAAAAAAAUGAGGGGUAGAAACGCAGGUAAGAAAGAAAAGAAACGUGUGAUCAAUAGCGUAUUCAUAUAACAAAACCAAAUACUUAUUAUACCGCUAACAUAAAUCUCGUUUGAUUUCGCUUUUUCGUGUUUUGCUUGUUUUGUUUAAUUUUGCUCAUUUUUGUUUUGUUUUUUUUUUGUUGCAUUUCUAGGAUGCUUCAACACCUACGUUUAUUUGCGUUUAUAUCAUCAUCAUCAUCAUCAUCAUUAUCGUCAUCAUCGUUUUCGUGUCACCAUCAAUCACGUUUCCCCCCUCUCCCCCAAAAUUCAUAAUGCGCGUGGUUUUUCGCAUUCCUAUUCAUCACCACACACACACACACCCCUUGAAUCGAAUUGCUGCUUUCACAAUCCAUAUCUCUUUUGUCUCCUUUUUUAUUUGCCAGGCAAUGUUUCUCUUUGUGUGAGUUGUUUUCUAGCUGUUUUCUUCCGCUUUCUGUUGAAUCCUCUUGAUUUUGACCUUCUUCAACUUUCUUUUGUUUUUUUUUAGUUAAUGUUAGGCAUUUUUAUAUUAUGUAAGCUGCAUUUAAGCUGGUGUACCAUGUUUUCUACCAAAUUCCAAAUUUCCUUCCCAAGACGAAAUAUAUGAGUGUGUCCUAUGUGUGUGGAGGGGGUGUUUGUGUCUGUGUAUCAUACUGUGUAUGUGUGUUGUGUUGGGUUUUUUUUUGUCUUAUUUUUCAUCUGCUAUAGGUGCAUAACUUUUCUUGUUGCUUUUUUUUGUUUUACUUAAUUGUUCACAUUUUUUACCAUUUCUUCCUAUUAACUUUUUUUUAUAAUCUAUGCUUGUCGGGAGGAGUGGGGUGAGAGUGACGGUACUCGUACACAGUGUUUUUUUUUCUUCCUGGCAUAUAUGUUCCUCUUCACACCUCCUGUGGCCUCCUGUGUAUUCCCGUAUUUCCCAUAUUUUUUUUCUCUAUUUUCUUCUUAUAUUUUGCCCCGCUCAUCGGUUACUACCCAUUACUUCAUUCUACACUAGGUCCGAUAAACGUCAUGCGAUUCGACAUCAAAACGCUCCCAUCACUUGAUGCAACUGUUUUCAUUGAAGGGUAUUUUUUUAUCAACGAAAACGUUCUUCCUAUUCUUAGCAAAUCGUUACGUCCUUCCAUGGGGGGGGGGGGGAAAAACAA